AGAGAGAACCUAUUCCUACUGACACCAGACCGUCCCCCUUCUUUCCCGAACGCCGCGCAGGCGCAAGAGGCGAACUGCGCUGGCUUUGCAGUCCGAGAUUGGGGUUGGGCCUGGUUGCUCCUGCUAGUCUGGGGCCGAGUGGCGAGAGGUAUCUAGCCGCGGGUGUGUGGGGGGGGACAGGGCCCCGGUUUCGCGUGGUCGUUAUUGGGGGAAGGGAUCUGCGAGGCGGCGUGGGGUUGGGAGGGGGGGAGCGGAGCUACGCCGAUGUUGACUAUUACCGCUGCCGCAUCUGCGGAUUUUGGCGUUCGCGGGACCCCUCCCCCCCGUUGCCCGCCGCCUCUGCAGGGGCUUCGCGUCUGCCGCUCCCCCAUUACCCUCGCCACCGUCUGUGCCGGUCUUUGGCGUUAGCGGUCUCUCUCGCUUCGCCACUCCCCUCCCUUCCCCCCUCCCCCUUCCGUGCCCGCUGCCUGUGUCGACUUUGGCUUUAAAGGCCCCAAUCCCCCCACCCCUCCCCCCCUCGGCGCUUGCCGCUCGUGCCGGACUUGGUCGUUCUCGAACUCGUCGCAGCUGCGCCUCUUUGAGCCGCCGCCGGGCUCUGAGGUAGGUCGGAACUUGGCCGUGCCGGACUAGAAAAGCAAGCGGGGGUUGGCCGUGGCUUGGAGGGUUUGAGCGGACUGACUAGGGCCGAAUAGAGCGGCGCUUUGGGCGGCCUUGGGGAGCAGAAGGAACGCGUAGAAGUGACUCGGGGAAGGCUCCCGUGUCGCAAACAGAAAAAUGGCUAAGAGAAAAGAGGACGAUUUCCUCCCGUCUAUAGAUAUGAAAAGGGCUAGGCCAGAGGAUGAUUCUGAUGAUGCGAUGGAGGGGACCUCCUCUCAGGACGGCACCUCCUCUCAGGACAUGGCCGUGGAAAGUACGUCUCAGACAGAGUCAGGGGACUUUGGAAUCAUUGAAAGUAUUCAGCUUGAAAAUUUUAUGUGCCAUGCCAUGCUUGGGCCUGUGAAAUUUGGAGCUAAUGUGAAUUUUGUGGUGGGGUACAGUGGGAAGAGUACAUUGUUGACAGCUCUCAUAGUGGGUCUUGGUGGAAAAUCAUUAGGCUCGUCUUUGAAAGAAUUUGUGAAAGAUGGAGAGGAGUCAGCUAACAUCUCCAUCACAUUAAGGAACAGGGGGGAAAAGGCCUUUAAAUCUGAGCUUUAUGGGGAGUCAAUAACAGUGCAUCAGCACAUCAGUGUGGAUGGAAGUCCAAGUUACAAACUAAAAGACCAAUCAGGAAACCUGGUUUCUUCUAAGAAAACAGAGCUUACUGCUAUUCUUGAUCAUUUUAAGAUCCGGGUGGAUAAUCCAGUAUCUAUUUUACCACAAGAAAUGGGCAGGCAGUUAUUGCGAACCAGAAAUGAAGGUGAAAAAUACCAAUUUUUUCUGAAAGCUACAGAGCUUGAACAGAUGAAACAAGAGUACUCAGAAAUUUUGGAGAGAAAGGCCAGAAGCCAGCAUCAGAUACGACAGGGGGAAGAGCAGCUUGAGGAGCUCAAACGGCAGGGCAUAGAAAUAGAAGAGCAUUUUCAGACUAUGGUUAAUCUGGGGAAUAUGUUAGAUGACAUGAAACAUGAGAUGACAUGGGCAGUGGUGUAUGAAAGUGAAAGACAACUUGAUGAUAUGAUAAGUAAUGUAAAUAUUGGAGACCAGUGUACUAUCAUAUUAAGUCAGGAACUGGAGGCUUCUAAGCUCAUAUUUAAUGAAGCCUUAAAGAGGUAUACAGCUAUUCAUGAGAAUGUGCAAAAGUUAAGUGAAGAAGCCACUAUGUUAGAACCCAGAUGCAUUCAAGCCAAAGAAGAUGCCAUGAGAACAUUCAAGGCCUACAGUCUAGCAAAGGCUUUCUAUAACUCUUCCCAAAAUGAAUAUAACAGAUUAGAAAAAGUUGCAGAACAGCAUCAAAGCAAAAUUGACAUCCUGAAGUCAACUCUGGAAAUAGCAGAGUUAGAAAAACAGGAAAAAAUUUCCUCAUUGAAGGAAAAGAUAAGGAGCUUUAAGGAUCAAGAAGACUCACUUGUUGAAGAAAUAAAACAUCUUCAUCAAGCUAUAGAGAAAGAUGAUAAAGAACAUUCUCAUGUUAGGGAAGAAGUGUCAUAUGUGCAAAAAAUACUGAAUGAUGACCUACGCCAGUUAGCCAGAUUGAAAGACUGUAAAUCUGAGCCACUAAAAUUAUUUGGACCCCAGGUUCCAGCCCUUGUUGAAGCGAUAGCAGAUGCCCAGAGACAAGGGCACUUUACUUAUAAGCCUAUAGGUCCACUUGGAGCUUAUAUUCGUCUCAAAGACCCUGCUUAUGCCUUAGCUGUUGAGUGCUGCUUAAAGGGCCUUCUUCUUACCUUUUUUUGUGACAACCACAAAGAUGCCCAAGUCCUUCAGGAGCUGAUGAAAAGGUUUUAUCCAGCGGGCUCUCCUCGACCACAGAUAAUGGUAUCGCCGUUUGAAUGUGAGUUGUAUGAUGUAUCAGACAGAGCCCCUUAUCACCCAGAAUUUCCAACAGCUCUCACAGCUUUAGAAAUAGAUGAUGCAGUGGUGGCCAAUAGUUUGAUUGAUAUGACAGGCAUAGAGUCAGUGCUGCUUAUUAAAAAUAAUUCUGUAGCUCGUAAAUUGGUAAUUCCUCAUGGGCCCCCCAAGAACUGUACCAAAGUUUUAACUGCCUGUGGUGAUGAAGUAUAUCAGGGACGCUAUUACUCAUGUGAAGAAUCGAGACCUACUUACUUAGGUGAUAUGGAUGUAGAAAUAAGUAGUUUGGAGAAAGAUGUGGAAACUAAAAGAUCUCGGUUGUCUGCAUUUCAGCAGCAUUUGUGUUCACUUGAAAAAGCUAUCAGGAAAAAUCGAGAAACUAUUGAUAGUCACUAUCAACAUUUAAAAGAAAUAAAGAUUAAUGUGAUAAAUAUCACUUCAGAAAUAAGAGAUCUGGAGGAUGAAGAAGAUAGCCGAUCAAUCAAUCUCUCAGUUCUAGAAGAUGAAGCUCAAGAAAUUAAAACUGAGCUUGAAGAGGUUGUGGAAAAGUUGAGAAGUCGAAAGGAAGAGAUGGAGAAUUUAAGGAAACCAAAAAUAGAAGCUGAACAGAGACAUGAAGAAUUGAAAUUGAAAUGUACUCAAGUUUCAGAAUUAAUAGAAUCCCUUAUUGAAGAACAAAACCAGACUGUUUUAGAAGUGGAAACAAAACACCAAUCCAUGAUGCAUUAUGACAGUAGACUUAAGGAACACCUGGAUUCCCUUCAAGUGAAAAAAGAAGAGGUGGCCAUAAAGGAAAGAGAACUUGAGAGAGAGACUGCUCAAGCCAGAUGCAUCUGCCCUGAGCGUAAAGAAGUUACAAAAAGUGCCUCUGUUCUCAACAGAGAAAUUAAUGCCUUAAAAGAACGGAUACAGUCAGAAAACUACACUCACAGAAGGCGAGAAGAUGUAAUGAAGCAGUACCAAGAAGCAAAAGAAAGAUAUCUGGAUCUAGAUAGUAAAGUGAAGAAUUUGAAAAAGCUGAUUAAAACACUGGAUAAAGUAUCAACACAGAGAUAUGAAACAUACCAGAAAGGUAAAAAGAAUCUUUCUUUACAAUGCAAGUUGUACUUUGACAGCCUAAUAGCUCAGUGGUCCUUCUAUGGGGACAUGCGCUUUGAUCAUAAGAAUGAGACUCUUUAUAUAUCUGUUCAGCCUAGAGAGGCUGCUUUCAAUGUGGCAGAUCUAUCUGGAGGUAGACCAUCUUUUUCAAACUUCAUAUUAAUUCUUACCUUAUGGUCUGUCACAAAAUCACCCUUCAGAUGCCUGGAUGCAAUUGAUGUCUACAUGGACUGGGACAGAAGAAAAAUUGCCAUGGAUAUGAUCCUCAGGAUUGCAUGUGCCCAGCAACAGCACCAGUACAUCCUGCUCACUCCACGAUGUCCUCAUCCCCCAAACCCACUAAUUGAAAUACACCAGAUGCCCGAACUUCACAAUGAUGAGGAAACCCUGCCUGUGAAAGAGGGCAAUCCAGAAGAAGAAGAAGCCUGAACUUUUAAUUUAUGUGACUGUGUUGUCUGGUCAUUGUGUUUUAUAUUUUUGUUUCUCAAAGUGUCUGCAGUAUAGUGUGCAAAAUCUCCCUACCUGAAAAAGUAAUAUUUAAUUAUGAAAGGAGAAAGACAAAUCUAUGGACAUUGGGGCUGGGGACUUGACCAAGAGCAUUAUAGCUCUUGACUGAAUGAAAGUCAAGACUGGGCACUUAGGCAGGAAGUACUAUGUGUAAUGAAAGUAAGUUUGUUGCCUGUAAUAUAAAUGAUUUCAUUUUAAAUUUGACCACCUUUUCUAUUUAAGUAUUUUGAUGUUUUUCAUAAUUUGUUUUUCAAUAUUAUGCUUGUGUAUAGUAUAUGUUGUGAAGAACAUGUGUGUUCAUAAACAUGUGAUUAAUAUAAUGAAUACCUAUAUAUAUAUAUAGCCCUUUAUUAAAGAACCUCGUCAUCAGCUUAUAUCACCAGGUAAAAAUGAAAUCCAUUGCUAAGCAAAUUAGUUUCCAGCCACCAAUAAGAGCUUGGGUGUAAACAGCUAGUGCUUCUGGCUAAGCCUCUGAGAAACUCACAAUCUUCACCCUGCUCUUUGGUUGAGACUGAGCCUGGCUCCUGUGUUCUCCACACUUAAGACUCAAGCACUCACAUCUUAUUUCCUUGAGGAUUAUGCUCAUUGACAGGGAUUUGCAGAUUUGCCAGCCACCCACCUCUUUGGAAGACAGACCACUUCCAUCUGGGCAGAGAGAAGAAACUUUGUCAUUGAGUACCAGUUCAAGACAUCUUACUGGCAGUCCCUAGGAAAUCAGAUGUGCAAGUGCUGUGAUUUCAUCUUUGGUGCCUUGGUGACUCUACUGCUGCUCAUCCUUGCUUAUCUCAUCACAUGCCCUAUCCUGUGUAUAACCUCACCGUAUCUUCUUGCUGAUCCUUGCAAAUAAGAAAUGACUUCACCUUCUGUUUGGUUAUUUGAUAUCCAGUUGUUCCUGUAAAUCACAGUUGUGACAAGCAGGAUGCACAAGGAUACAAAACAUUUCCAGUGUGGUAAUGAGAAUGCCAUUUACUUACAUACUCCAUUGGAAGUAAUGGAGUUACAAACUUUGGGCUUGCCAGAGACACAAGAAAAACUCACCACAAUAACAAUGAUUGCUUAAACAUCACUGGGUGGUGAUGCAGGAAAUCAAAAAUUAGAUAGCCAUGUUUGGCCUAAAGAAAGACAAAUGAUGGAAGAAGAACAUGAUAGUGAUCAUCGCACAGAAUGUCACAGGGUAUUGACUUGAGUGGGAAGAGAUCAAGAAACUUUGAAAUAUUUUCUCUCAUAAAAGCUCCUGGCUUGGUCUGCAAAGGACUUGACAUGAGAGAAUAUAGGACAUGUGGAAAGAUCUAUCAUCAUAAUGCAUUAAGAACAUUUUAAAAGUAUUAAUGAUAAGUGUAAUAAUGCUUGUGUGUACCAUAUGUUCUUAAUCCUAAGUGAUGUUUGCUUGUGUGAAAUUGCUAUUUGGAUUCUAUUAAUGGUAAUUAUAAUACUAUUUUAUAGACUAUCUUAAAUGGCUGUAGGGAUAGCCAGCAGCCAGAGAGUGCAUAUAGUGAUGUAUAUUUGUUGUCUUGAUAAAACUUACUCCAUUUUUUAUUAGGUCAACAUUUUGUGAUGAAGUGUUCCUGUGUUUGUUUUUUAUAUCUUCUCUUUCAUUAUUAAGAUAAACAUAUUGUGGAAUAAAUUGGUAAACAACAUGUAUGUUCAUGAACAACUGAUAUAUGUAACUCUCAUGUAGGACAGCCCACUUAGUGGGAAAAUAUGGUAAACAACCUCACUGUUAGCUUAUAUCAUUAGCUAUCAAUCAAAUUAAUUGAUAAGCCAAUUCGUUCACUAGCUGCUAAUCAGAAUUGGAGUGCAACUAACUGUUGUUCAUAGCUAGAACCACUGGAUGCCAUCCCUCAGCCUAUUCUUAUGUGGAGACUGAGCCUGGCACCUCUGUUCUUCAGACUGAAAUUCAGUUCCCACCCUACCUUGCCCUAAUCAGUUGAGGACAGUGCCAGUUGACUGAUAAUAGAGUUAUACCAACUUGCUAAACAGAGAGGAAAGCUUGUCAUCAUGUACUAGUAUGAAACAUCUACUGAUAACCUUCAGUUACUAAGUGUAGUGGUUUGUUCCUAAUGGGAUUAAUGUUUAUAUUUCUUAAUAAUGUAAACUGCAGUGUGGCCUAGGGUUUGAAAAACACAAGGAAAAACAACUUUGGUUGUUAGGGGCAAGAAGUCACUGUUCAGCAAAGUGCUGGGAAAACUGGAAAGUAGUCAGAGAGAAAUUAUAUAUAAACCAACAUCUCACAUUGUAUACCCAAAUAAGCUCAAAAUGGGCACGUGCUUUAGACAAAAAAAACAAUUCCUGUCAGUUCACAAAUAAAUGAGAGAGAGAGAGAGAGAAAGAGAGAGAGAGAGAAGAUAUCUCCCAGGAAGUAAAAAUGAUUACAUUAAAUUUAAAAGGUUUUUGCACAAACAAAACCAGUGCUGCCAAAAUUAGGAAAAAGUCAGGAAACUAUGGAAAAAUUUAUAUCAAGUUUCUCUGAUACUGGUUUCAUUUCUCCUCUACAUAAGGGAACUGAGUCAGUUUUACAAAAUUAAGAGCCAUUCUCCAGUUGAUACAUGGCCAAAGGAUAUGAAAAAUAAGUUUUCAGCAGAAGAAAUCAAAGCUGAGUAAUCAUUUGAAAAAUAUUCUAAAACCACUAGUAAUUAACCACAAUUAGUAAAUAACCAGCUAUGAAAGACUGAGAUAUUCUGAUCAACACAAUGAUUGACAAGAAUCCCAAAGGACUUAUAAUUUUAAAAGAAGCUACCACUUCCAGAGAAAGAGAAAAGAUGAAUUGAGUGCAUAUUGAAACAAUUUUUCCCUUUAUUUUUCUUUCUCUCUCUCCUCCACAUUAUGGAUAAUUUAGAAAUGUUCUGCCUGACUUCAUAUGUGUAAUGGGUACUUUAUUUUUUGCCUUUCAAUGUAUGGGGGAGGGAGUGGAGGGAGGGAUAAAAUUUGGAACUGAAAAUUUAAAAAAAUUAAAAAUGAAAAAAAUACUUGAUAUAAAUUAAUGUUUGCAUGCUGUUAAUGAAUAAAGUUUGAUUGUUAGCAUUGAGAA